AGUGUCAGGCCGAGCCCAGCCUGGAGCGAGUGAGUCAGGUAGGAGGCUGGCGAGCUUUGAACGCCCCCUCUGCUCCGCUCCUCCCCUAUCGGUGGAAGAGAGAGAGAGAGAUCGAGCCACUUCCCCGCCGUCUCUCUUUUCCCGCACAGAAAAUGUCCGGGCUGCAGAUCAACUUGGGACCCGUGAAGGAGCCGCUGGGCUUCAUCAAAGUCCUCGAGUGGAUUUUUGCCAUCUUUGCAUUUGCCACCUGUGGAGGUUACAGUGGAAAAACAUCUCUUAACCUCACCUGCGACAAUGUCACAAACGUUUCUCUUCAAGCCAGCUUUGCAUACCCUUUCAGGUUGCACCACUCUGCGUUUGACAAUCCUUCAAAGGAGCAGUGUAUGAAACUCUGGAACACAACUUACCUGGUGGGAGACUUCUCCUCUCCCGCUCAGUUCUUCGUCACUUUUGCAGUCUUCGUGUUCCUGUACUGCAUGGCUGCCUUGGUGCUCUACGUGGGUUACUUGCACUUGUAUCGGGGCACUGGUAAACUCCCCAUGAUUGACUUUGUUAUCACAGUGGUUGUCUCUUUCCUGUGGUUGGUGAGCACAUCAGCCUGGGCUAAGGCCCUCACAGACAUCAAAACAUCCACCGGAGAAAGCUUAACCAAACUUCCACCUUGCGUGAACACCAGUCGAUGUCAGUUUACUGACAUCAGAAGCUUGGGUUCCUUGAAUGUCUCUGUGGUCAUUGGUUUCCUCAACCUGAUCCUCUGGGCAGGGAACGCUUGGUUUGUCUACAAGGAAACCAACUUGCAUAAACCUCCGGCUGCCGCUCCUCCGACCCCAGGCAACCCCCCACCUCAUUCGGGGAUGUAAGGAGCACGGAGAGCCAUCUGCUAUGGGGUGCAACCUCUUGCUGGCAGGAUGGUCAUGGCAGCAGGUUGUUGUUGUUGUUGUUGUUUUGUAAACCCCCCUCCUGAUAAUGCAGUUCAUGUGUGAAAAAUGGAUGGAUUUCUUUUUUGUUGUUGUUCUAAAACUUCUGUCUAAGAGGAAAGAAUGGAGAUCUCUGCUCAGCCCCAUGUGCAUCCAAACAGAUCAUGCCACAGCACUGAAGCUUAUUCUGUGCAUUGAAAAUAAGGACACAAGUUUCUUGAUUUAAAGCCCAGGAGAGUUUAGCUGUACAAUUUUCUAAGGGCUGCAUUUCCAGCUGGCGCAGGUCUGCACGGAGUUGUGCUGCUCAGUGUAAGCUGCAGCCUGAUCCUGUAUAUGUUUACUCAGAAGGCGGUCCUGUUGAGAUCAGUGGGGCUUACUUCCAGGCAAGUAUGCUUAGGAUUGCAGCCUUGGUCUCACCCAAGCAUAUAUAUAUAUAUGCUUAGGUGAGACCAAGGCUCACGUAUACAUAUGUAUAUAUGCCUUCGGCUGCCUUGCAGGUAGGAAUUGUACAUAACACUCGAGAUGUACAUUGUUCUUAGGUUGCACUGCUGCCUGGGACAGUGUCUGUAUGUGAAACUCCCGUCACCAAACUUUAGAUCUGUAACUCUGAGAAUGGAACAGAGCAGGGCUGGGGAACCCGUGGAGCUUGUUAUAUGUUGCUUGAUCACAACCCCCUUUCAACCUUAACCAUUAACCAUGCUGGCUGGGGCUGCUGGAAGUUGGCAUUCAACAGAAUCUGGGAAGCCACGGGUUUCCCACACACAUAGAGAGGCUAAAAGCAUUUCUCUGCACUUAGUGUAUAUAGACCAGAAUAUGCAAGAGUUGUUGAAAGGAGCUCUGCAUAAAAUAAUGGCAUCUGAAGCAGGCUCCAGAAACUUGAACGGAACCCUAACCUUUAAAUCAAUGUUGAAUUUCUAGCCCUUGCAGGUGGUAAGAAAAUGUGAGGCUUCAUUUAGGAUAACAAUCAGCCUCUCUCCCUAGCUCCACACCUCUUUUACCUUAAUCCAGGCUUUAUCUAGCGCUUUGCAAACCAACUGGACUCGGAAUUUUGAAUUUCUUUAAAAAACAACCAAAGAAACCAUGCUUGCUGCAAAUUAUUACACAGUGGCAUGUAAAAUCAUAACAACUACUAGUAGAGCUUGCAAAUUCUCAUUAUCUGGUUAAUUCCCCAAAACCCUCAGUUUAGGUUUUUGUGAUUACAGGGUUCGGAAGCUAUCAUGCGUUUAGCGUGGUAUUCCGGAACUCCUGGCCAAACUCGGCUAAAAAGCUGCAAGUAGUUCAUCUUUCUGUGUAUGUAGAAUUCUGCACAGUUUGGAUUCCUAAGGAUCUUAGUUUUUCUUACUUCAAAUAACUUUUAAAAAUGCAAGGUUUCAGCUGUCAUGGUUACAGAUGCCAAAAAUGAAGCUGCAGCGCUUGGAGGAUGGAUGGAUGUCUUACAGCUGUGCCCUUUUCUUCAUUAUUUCUGAUAAACCUCCCCAUUGCCAAAUUGUUCCUCCACUGCCUGCUUCAUGGACUAUCUCCCAUUUCUAAGCUGCUAGUUUUCCAAAAUAUUCUGGAAAAGUGGCAGAAUUCAACAGGAAUGCAGAAGGGAGCAUGCAUAUGGAGCACAUUUAUGGAAAAUAGCUGCAUAAAUUUUAAUGGUGCUCAGAAUACACUGUCUUAAUUCAUCUAACUACUUUGGGAGAGUUCUGCUAUGAUCUCUAUUCAUGACAUAGGAUUCCACCCCCCACCCCCACCCCGGUUCGGAGGGAUGUAUUUACAAAAGCUUUGCAUGAACUCCCAGCAGUGUAUUUUCCAUCACAUUGUUGAUUCAGUAGGAUUUUUAUCGUGAGAUGUCUUGGGAGUAGGGUUGGGGGACCCCCCGAAAUUGUUACCGGCCGAUUAGAUUACAGCUCCCAGGAUUUUUGAUCAGUGAUAGUGGUGGCUGUUGGAGCUGCUAUGAGACUUGAGUCCCAGCAAGAUGCAAAGAGUAGGGAUGGGGAAAUCUGACACUUCUGGUUCCUCUCACUUUUUCCAGUCUUCGGAUCAGUUUUCCACAUUUCCACUUCAGUGUGUGAUUUUUUCUUUUUUAAUCACCAGCCUUUUAGUGUGAAUGUCUCUUAAUAUGCACAAAAUUGCAUGCAGUUUCCCCUAAAGCACACACACAGUUUUGCAGAGCUAUUUCCCCUAAUAUAGUGCAUCUUUAUGUACACUUUACCCCAAUAUAUAUAUGCAUUUUUGUACACAUUGCUUGGCUGGAGAACUACAUUAUGAAAUUCGGAGAGUUUUUUCAUGUUCACUUUUCACUGAGUGACAAGCUUCCCAAACAAAAAACCCACCCACAAAAAAACCACAACCAGACCGCUGUUUGAAAACCAGUGAUUUGAAACAAUGAAAAAGUGUUAGCAGAUUGUGGUUUUUUGAUAUGACAGGCAGGCUGUGCAAAGAACAACUGUCUCAUUUUGCUAACAGGAAAUGUGUUUCCCAAAGCAGCGUGAUCUGCUUUUAUGUUUUGUGGGAAACUACAGCGGUCCUGAAAAUUAAAAUGAAAUAGCUAGUAACUUGCUAUUUUUGCUCCCAUCCAUUCUAUAUGCAUUUCUUUUCUUUUCUUUUUGCUGAAUUACACUGGUGAUUGCUUCCCCCUUUUUUGUCAGUGAAAUCAGCAUCCAAACAGGUGAUACAAAUCAAAACUGUUUAUGGGUGCCUCUGCCUAUAGAAUUCUUGUAUCCCAACUUGUGGGGAGAAAUCUGGAGAAGCAGCCGUGGCACAGGAGUCUGGAUUGCUUCCCCUCUCACUUAAAUGCUCAGCAUGCCAACAGGCGUGACUUGCAGUGUUCCAAGUGUUAUCAUCACAGCCAUAAGGGCUAGAAACUUGUGAACGUGGUUUAAAAAUGAAAAGCUGAGAUUCCUGUGCGCAUUGUUUGUUUAUUAUGGGUUGUAUCCAUUUGACUCGCGCAGCAGAUUUCCAUUUGUGAAGCAGAACUCCUCCUCUCUCCUGCAGCCCUUGCCCUCAAAAUCUGCUUCAGAGGGUCGGGUGACCCUCUUCCGGAGGGUAGAGGAAGAGGCAAUUGCAUUGCACGAGUGGAAUGCUUCUCACAUAGCAAUGGAUACAUGUUUCACGUGGCUAAACAAGCCGAUCUAACCAGUAACACCUAGCUUCUUAAGCAGGAAGGUUCUUCAUCACAUAACAUACGCUGAAACCUUAAUCUGCACUCAGGGUGUUGGGAAAUCUGCAUGGUGCUCAGUGCUGAAGAGUGGAGAAUUGUCACUUCAAAGGCAGAAUCCUAAGUUCCAGUGCCUGUAUAUAUAUAUAUAUAUAUAUUUCUACUUCUCUUUGUUUAUGCUGCUUGUCCCCCCGCCCCAACAAUUGUUUCCUACUUGCUCCAGGCGUGUGAGCAGAAUGCAUGAAGAAAUAAAAUGCCUUGCCAAGUUACCACAGGGAGGUGCCUCAUACAUUUCUGAAGCCGCUGUGUGUAUAUUCUGCUGCUUGUUUUGAAUGGUUGUUCUCUGCACUUCUCAGGGCUGAGGUCAUGUCCCUUUGGGGGCCUUUAUUAUUAUUAUUAUUAUUUUUACUCAUCAUGGCUCCCUCCCUCCACCGUUGCUUGGCAUGAAUGUGCAGGGAUCAGACCUUAUUUUCUGCUAGAUCGGGAGCUUAAGGAUGGGCCAUAGCUCAGUGACAGAGCUAUGCAAGCAGGUUGGUCCCAGGUUCAAUCCCCUGGGUAGGACAGGGAAAAGACUCCCAGAAAGAUGCUGCCGGUCAGUGUAGACAGUACAGAGGUGGAUGAACCAAAGGGUCUUAGAAUAAGUCAUUUCCCCAAAGCAACUGAAGAUUCCCUCCACCCCCAAGCUCAGACAAGCAGAUAACCCUGACCUGCGAACUUUGAUAGGAAUCGGGCCUCAUCACAAGACCUGUUUGUGGCCUAUCACCUUGCUGUUUCUUUCUUUGGCCAGGUUCUGGGUUCAUACUGUUGGUUGAAACUGACCCCAGCCGCACAAACCGCUCGCCUCCAACCAGCAGGGUGGAUUUUCCCACCCAGUACCUGACCUGAGAACCAUUCAGGUGUUUCAGUGGAAGCCUUUUCUAGGUUGGCCUACAAAAUCUCAAAAAAGAGAACUUUGGGCCUGAAUUGGGAGCAGAAGGUUGAGGGCACGACAAAGAGGGUGCACAAAACCACAUCCCCUUUCAUGGUGAUGGGGAGGAGCAAAUUGGGAAGCCCUGUAUACAAAAGUCACUGGUGCUUCUCUGGCUUCCGUGCUGUGGGAUGCCAACGUGCGCUCCCCCCACCCCCCAAAUGACAUUGCGCUGACAUGGCAUCUUUCAGGUCCAUUGUGGGAAAUUCAAAAUGGCAGCUGGCAGCACAGAAAGCAGAAGGAGCGCCAGUGAGUUGGGCACCCCUUGAACCUUCCCCUUUCCCAAUAGCCAAAAUGCACACACACACACACCCCACACUUUUGCUACCAUCAAAUAGGGUGAUGAAAACGGUGGGGUUGAUACAGUAAAACUAUUCCUCUAAUCAGUUUGCCACUAGUCUACUCAACCUGUGGUGGCACCCGCACAACAGCUGUAUGAAGGGAGAGAAGUGCAUAAAAUGAUUGUGUUAGAUAGCCCCUCACACUGUCUCAAAUGCUUAUAAAACUGUUAUAACACUGGAUGUACUUCACUAUGCAAAUGUAUGCAAAUAAUGCUGCUUUCUAGUAAUGCUGUAAACCAGUGGUUCCCAACAGGUGGUCCGGGGACCCCCAGGGGUCCGCGAGCUAUGCCAGAGGGGUCCGCAAGAUGCUAUUAGAAUAAAAAAUAUAUUAAAUAUAUUUCGUAUGAUAACAGAUUUUUUGUUUUGGCCGCUUCCUGCAUGAGCAGAGUCUAGCGCAAAACUAGAAUUAGAUAGAGGCAGUAGUUCUGCUAUAUGCCGUUAGGUGGCGCUUUACAAACACUACUGUUUUGCAAAGAGGCAGCGCGCACAUUCUACUAACGCUCACCUCCCCAAGAUGCUUUGCGCGCGUCGGCUUCAUUUGUGUGCUACUGCGCAGGUACCCUGUCUUCUCCAUUCCCCUCCCUCCUCUCUGGCGCGCGCUGCCUCUUUGCAAAACAGUAGUGUUUGUAAACAAAGCGUUGUUUUUCGCGGAAGCUACAGUUCGCACAGUUAAAAAUGGACCGUUGGUUGAAAAGUGGUUCAUCUCAUUAAGAACUGAAAAUUAAAACUAACUGUAUACUGAUGGAGUACUCUGUUGUAACUGUAAAAAACGUAUAAAUAUAAAAUAUAAAAAGACUCUUAAUUUGGCUCUCACUUUUUAAUUUUAGGAUUAGGAAUUAAUGGGGGUCCUUGUCACAAUAGCGGCUCAAUGAGGGGUCCUCGAGAAAAUUUUGUUGGGAACCCCUGCUGUAAACAAGCACAUUUGGGGAGGGGAGGGAAGAAUGCUGGAAUGAAAUAUAGCUAACAACCACCCCCCCAUUAACUUGGGGACAUGUUACAUAGCAUAACACCCACCAUUUUUUACCCCUUGAUACUAGAUCUUUCCUAAAUCACCCCAGAUGUAGAUAGCACAAAGAAAUUCAUAUUAUUUUCUCUUGCAAAGAAAUAUGGAUGUGCCUUUUUAAAAAAUCCACUAGCAGUGAGCUCUGUGUGUUUCUUUACAUGACUAUGGAAGUGCAGUGUGACUAUCCCUGAUCAAUUGAGCUCAUGUGAAAUUGCAGUUGAUUCCAUCAUUUGCUUUUUGUAUACAUGUGUUUUUUCCCCUCCGAUGGCAGAAUAUGGAGGCUAAAUGCAUUUAUUAUUUAAACACACACACCUUCUUACUUUAUAUAGUUUUUUUGCUUGUCUCUCACAAGAAUUGUUUGAGAUCCCUGUAUGUGUUCUGCACACACAACAAAUGCAAUAAAACAAAUUGCUCAGUGACUAUA